ACUGCGUUUUUGUUUUUGUUUAUUAUUGAUUGUGAGAUUAUUGGAGAUUGUGUUUAUUAACAUUUACUUUAAAGUGUUUAAGUAAAUAUAAUCCUUCUCGUAUCCAGGUAAUGAUGAAAGAUAACAAGGAUGAAACCGAGGAUCAAAAUAAAAUUAAACAACGGGAAAGGCUGUAUAGGUUAAUAAUAAGUCAGCUCUAUUACGACGGGUACACACAAAUAGCACAAAGUCUUUCUGCGGAAGUCCACCCUGAACCUGCUUGCCCUCCUUCUGAACGGUUACUUCAUGUUAUCAACGCUGGUCUGCAACAUGAACCUGACAGGCAUAAAAAUAGGGAUCCAACCCCUGGCCUCAACCCCAUCCAAGAAAUUCUUAUUGGACCUGGUUUAGAUUUGGAAUAUGAGACAGAAGUGGACGUAACAGCCCCGGAACCGGCUCUUUACGAGACUGCUUAUGUAACCUCGCACAAGGCGAACUGCCGAGCGGGGGCUUUCAGUUUUGAUGGACAACUGGUUGCCACUGGAAGUGUGGAUUCGUCUAUUAAGAUCCUGGAUGUGGACCGGAUGCUAGCUAAAUCCUGUCCGGACGGCCUGGAACCUACCACGGAUACCCAGGGACAUCCGGUUAUCCGGACUCUCUAUGACCAUCUGGAGGAAGUCACCUGUUUGGAGUUCCAUCCUAAAGAACCAUUUCUGGCGUCUGGGUCUCGCGACUGCACCAUCAAGUUUUUUGACUACGCCAAAGCGUCUGUGAAAAAGGCGUUCAAGACAUUGACGGACGUAGAGCAGGUGAAGUGUAUGUCAUUUCAUCCCACCGGAGACUUCUUAGUCGUAGGUACAAACCAUCCUGUCAUAAGACUGUAUGACUUCAACACAGGCCAGUGCUACGUCUGUAAUGUACCGAGUCAUCAACACACCGCUGGCAUCACCGCCAUAAAAUUCGCACAGAAUGCUCGCUACUUUGCGUCCAGCAGCAGGGACGGCUCUAUCAAGCUGUGGGACGGAGUGUCUAAUCGUUGCGUGAACACCUUCACCGAUGCUCACGACGGAGCGCAAGUCUGUUCUAUACAGUUCACACGCAACGCUAAGUACAUGUUAUCCUCUGGCAAAGAUUCUCAAGUGAAGCUAUGGGAACUGUCGACCAGCCGAUGUUUGAUUGCUUACACAGGAGCGGGAACAACAGGUAAGCAAGAGCACCGAGCACAAGCAGUGUUCAACCACACGGAAGACUUUGUUAUGUUUCCUGACGAGGCUACGACGUCUCUGUGUGCGUGGAACUCUCGGAAUGCUUCUAGGAUGAACCUAUUGUCUCUAGGUCAUAAUGGGCCAGUGAGAAUGAUCGUCCAUUCCCCCCACUCCGCCGCCUUCCUCACCUGCUCCGACGACUUCAGAGCUCGGUUCUGGUACAAAAGACUGCAAACUCUUUAGUAUUGUAUAUAUUUUUAUUUAUAUGUGACUUACAAAAUUGAACCGGUAUUGUUUCAGUGUUGUUUAAAACAGUCUAAAGUUUUUAACAUUUUUAUUAUGUCUGUCAGUUGUUUAAAGGUAACGUUUAGAUUGUGAACAUUAAAGUAAUUUUU